AUGCUGACACAAUUAAUUUACAAAAAAUGCUACAAAAGCGUUUUUAGAUUACUUUUGAGUAGGUACUUUAACUUAGUACUUAAAAUCAUGAAGUUUUUAUUAAUUUCAUACAUUUUUAUAAUUUGUAAUAUAAAAAAUAUAGUUUUGUUUGAUUUAACAAAACUGGAAAAUGCUGGUUUAAACAGUGAUGUGUUUAUCAGUGAUAUUGCAGUGUAUUUUAAUAGAGCUUUUCUAACUGUCCCUAGAUCAACUUGUCAAAAUAAUAUCACAAAUCCAACUUUGGUGGAGGUGCCAUGGAAAGAAUUUAAUACUAUCUUAAAAGUUAAAUACAACAAACCAAUUGAACAGCAGCUAUGGGCUAAAUGUGAUGAACUUCAAAACUCUGUUUCUUUAGCAAAAGAAAGUUUUAAAUCAAAGUUGUGGAUACUGGAUGCAGGAAAUGAAUACUGUACGCCUAAAAUUAUGGUUUAUAAUGUAUUUCAUAAUAUGUUUCUGGAUGAAGUAAUUGAUUUGAGAAAUAUACCUAGAAAAGGCUUGAAUACCAUAAUAAUUGAAAACAGCACAAUUCCUGGAAAUCACAGAGCUUUUAUAUCAAGUCCCGGAUUUAGUGCUAUUUUGGUAUGUGAUUUAGAAAAAUUACAAUGUAAAAAAAUCAAAAUGGUUACAGCAUCAAAUCAUCCAAAAUCAUUAAUGAUAUACUCCAUGGCGUUCUCAAAAACUUCAAGUGACUUUUAUUUUGUUGAUAAGUACACCACACAAGUUUACUCUGCAGAUUUAAACAAUUUUAUUAAUUGGAAGGAUAAAACAUCAAUUAAUACUACCUUUUUGGGACAAUUAAUGGGUCAGUCAUCUGGAUUAGAGACAGAUUUGAAAAAUGGAUUAAUAUAUUAUUUAACAAGAGAUUAUGCGGUUGUCAGAUGGAUAAUUGGGACACCAAUGGCUGCCGAAAAUCACAACGUAUUAGCCCAAUCAUACAAAAGGAUGCCGUAUGUUUCCCGUAUAUUUACCGAUCCCCAGAACGGCAUAUGGGCGUUAGUAAAUCCUUUCAGUCCGGAAAAUUGUAACACCGAUUUAACUGAUUUGAAGAAACUGGAUAGAGUGGCAAAAAUCAUGCGAUAUAAUCGGCUUUUAGAUACAUUCUUGUAAUGUAGAAAUAAUAAAUUUUAUCUAUU